ACACACACACACUCACACACACACUCAGAGAGAGAAGACAGUCCCAUCUCUUCAUUCCCUGUCUGCUCAGUGUCUGAGACUGAACACAGUGAGUUUUGCUCCUCUCUGUAUCUUAAAGGGUUUCCAUGCAGGGACAGACAGUGGACUAAUACUGGGCCCAACAGGAAAAUGGUUCCAGUUAAACUCCUCAUUCUGGGAGCUCAGAACACUGGAAAAACAGCACUGUGUGUUCGUUUCAUAACCAAGCGCUUCAUUGGUGAAUACGACCAUAAGAAGGAGGUGACCUACCGAUGCAGUCGGGUGGUGGACCAGGAAGCUAUUGACCUGGAGAUCUUGGAUAUAGCCUGUAAGGAAAACUGUGUGGCUUCUUUGGAGUCCUCCAUCCGCUGGGCAGAUGGUUUCCUGCUGCUCUACUCCAUCACACAACGCCUCAGCUUCCUGGAGGUCCCUCAGCUCAAGAAACUCAUCGACCAGACCAAACAGAGUCUGGUUGUUCCCACAGUGCUGGUAGCCAAUAAGGCAGACUUGGAAAUUGGCAGGGAGGUGACAACAGAGGAAGGACAGAGACUGGCAAAGGACUUAAGGUGCAGUUUCAGGGAGCUGUCGGUCGCAGAAGCUGUUUUAGCUGUGGAAGCAGCCGUGUUUCAGCUCAUCAGGUUGGUGUUGGAUCAGCAGCGCCCUCUUCCUGACCGCCGCUCCUACAUGCUGACCGUUCGCCACGCUCUGACCAGGAAGCUAACCCGAUCUAAGACCAUGCAGUGGUGACCGCUGCAAACAAACAGUUCACUGGUUGUUAUAGUGGGACUUUUGAGAACACUCUUCACUUAUUUGGCUGUUUUCUAGCUUCAGUCUGGAGCUCCUGGCUUUCUGUAUUCAUGGUUGUUGAGGCCUGUGGGUGUCACUAAGGAUCAUGCAGGGAAAGUGUGCAACAUCACAGAAAUGCUUUGAUAUUAAAAGCAAAUAACUGUAGAUAAAAAGUGUGAGCUUGCCUGCCUUAGAGAGAUGACUGAACAUACAAACUCCAAUUUCAGUUUGCAGUUCUGUUGAUAUUACUGCACAGUUCCAUCUCUGAGGUUGGAUCUGGAUGAAU